UUGGUUUGGUAGUCGGUGUAGUGUUUUUGAUUAGAAAUGUCACUCUGGUSGUAGUAUCGAAAUAUCUUAACAGAAAUUCCAUGUAAUAUUUCCCUGGGAUCUUCACGAUGAUUGACCUGUUGAAAUAUCUCUAAGAUGAGYUUUACUGCAAGAGCUGCAAGCGUCGGAGAGUUGAAUGGUGGUCAAGGAGUCGAUGAAAUUUCAGCCGACCUCGAGCGAAGUAAGAGUUCGAGAAGUUUGGAGAAGAAAAAAAGCUUUCGAUUUCGAUCCAAGCACCGAGAUGAAAGCAAAAAGCUUACGAGAUCUUCGUCUAUGAAAUCUUUGUCUCAUCUUCUUCAGAAAUUGGUUGUUCGAGUAUCAUCUGUUCAACUUGCAAACAACGGUUCCAGUUUUUCGACCAUAUCUUCAAGUAAAGAUGAACUUUCUGUAGUUGAGGGAUCGUCGUAUAAGAAACGUGACGAAAAUGACAACACUUCUCGUAAACCUCCUGAAGUUUAUAGUUUAACUGGUUUGAAGAAUCAUGGUAAUACGUGUUUUAUGAAUGCCAUCAUUCAGUGCUUAGCACACACAGACUAUCUUGCUGAGUAUUUUGUACUCGGAAACUACAUGCAAGAUAUGAUGAAAGUUCGUAAAGGACAAAACAAGAAAUUUGGUACUCGUGGUGAGGUCACUGAAAAACUAGCAAUUCUAUUACAGAAUCUGUGGUCUAGUCAGUAUAAUGCUCAAAUCAGCAGCGAUUUUAAAGCCAUUGUUGGACAACAUGGUUUGCAAUAUCGAGGUUAUGCUCAACACGAUGCUCAAGAGUUCCUACUUUGGUUGCUGGACAAGGUGCACGAAGAUUUGAAUCGUGCUACUAAAAAGAAGUACAAGCCAAAUAAAGACAACAUUGGUAGAUCAGAUGAGUGUAUCGCUCAAGAGUCCUUAUCCAAUCACAUGCGAUGUAAUGACAGUAUUGUCCUCGAUUUGUUCCAAGCACAAUAUCGUUCAUCUUUAGCUUGCCCAAAGUGCAAUCAGCAAUCRACAACUUUUGAUCCAUUUUUAUGUCUUUCUUUACCAAUUCCCCAAAGAGACACAAGACCUGUUUAUGUAACUGUAGUAUUUGUUGGGUCUUCAAGAGCUCCUUUAAGAAUUGGCAUCAGUGUUCCUGUAUAUAGCAAGAUAUCAACACUAAGAGCGUCUGUAUCUGAAAUGACUGAAAUCCCAGUUGGUAACCUUGUAAUCACUGAGCUUGCUGCUAAUGGAUUUCAAAGAACUUUCAGAGAUCAUCAAUCAAUGUCCAUCAUUCAUGAAGGUGACAAUAUAUAUGCCUUUGAGUGCCCCAAACAGCUUUAUCCUGACCCAGACAGUGUUGGUGAUAUGCCGUUAAUAACAUACAAUGACAGUGGUGAACACAACCAAGAUUCAUUAGUCAUUCUUAUUUCUAACUGUCUUGUCAAAGGAAAGAAUAUCAAAAGGUUUGGACCUCCUUUUAUUGUUCAUGUCCUAAGAGAAGUUAGUUUCACACAACUKCAGUCAAUAUUGCUAAAAGCAAUGGGAAGAAUGCUGAAAGAUAAUGUCCAUGAAGUGGCCAAGCAGAAGAAACCACUGUUUAAACUACGAGUUGUUGGUGGCAAUGCUGACAAGUGCUACUUGUCUCCAGAUGUUAUUGAUCAUCCUCUUUACCAAGAAACUGUUGAUAGUGCUGUUCGUUCAAUAGAAGAUAAAAAAUCACCAAAUCAUAUGAAAAUUGUUGUUGAAUGGGAUGAGGACAUCAAAGCAAAUUAUGUUAAACCAGACAUCAAUGGAAAGCCUGAAGAACACUCAAGUGUUCGAGAGAUGGAGAAUCAGUUUCAGACAGCUGAUGGUGUUGAUCUUAAUGACUGCUUUUCUCUCUACACACGAGAAGAACAGCUUGGAGAAGAUGAUGCCUGGCUAUGUCCAAAAUGCAAGACAAGACAGCAAGGAACUGUAAAAAGGCUUAGCCUGUGGUCCCUGCCCGAAGUCYUGGUGGUCCACUUAAAGCGUUUUAGACAGACGCCAUCUGGCAGAACAAAGCUCAAUACAUUUGUUCAUUUUCCCAUUGCUGACCUGGAUAUGACACCUCAUCUUGAACCCAGACAGAAACAGUCCAGUGAUAGUCACAGUCUGCCAUCAUUGACAAGCUGGCGUAGAAACAGGAGAAACUCUUCAAGUACCGAGGAAAACAGUUAUGAYCUUUAUGCGGUGUGUAACCACAUGGGAACCAUGUCUGGYGGCCAUUAUACAGCAUACUGCAAGAAUCCUACUGAUUCRCAAUGGUAUCUCUUUGAUGAUACAAGAGUUGAAAAGAUGCCCACAGAAAAAGUAGUUUCCAGUUCUGCAUAUCUGCUGUUCUAUGUUCGUCACAGUUCCUGUCCAUCAUCUGCCUCAGAGUCAUCGGCAGCAUCAGAUCACUGGACAAGAAAAAUUCCYCAGAUUUGUUCUGAUUCCUUGGCAAGCUCUCGUGAGGAACUUGAUGAUGACAAAUCCCCUACAAGUAGCAACAAGUUAAGUUCAUCUGUUGAUGCUUUAAAUGCUGCAAACAAGCAAGAUACCCAGAAAAGCAAAGAAAACCUGGUUGUCAGUGAAUCAUGUGUCUAAGUGGCUCUCUCAAUCCUCACUUUUUCCUGUUGGACAACAGCGGGUUCCUUCACAUAAUUUAUACUGGUCACAUUCCAAAAUGCAUGCUCUGACAUCAACGUAUGCUUAUAAAUUCAGAGUACUAGAUUUUGGAAUACAGCAAUCCAUAAUGGUUCCUUCACAUAAUUUAUACUGGUCACAUUCCAAAAUGCAUGCUUAUAAACACAUGCUUAUAAAUUCAGAGUACUAGAUUUUGUCCAUGAAAUAACUUCCUAAAUGUUUCUAUUUAGCUGCCUACAAUAAUAUGAACUAAACAACUUUCAUGGCUUGAGUUCAUUUGAUUGUACAAGUACUUUUCAACAGUUUUAACAAGAAUGACAUAUUUUUGUACCCAACUGAUCAGAUGAACUUGAAAAAAAAAUGUACUUCAAAAUAUAAAAUAUACUGCACACUCACAAAUUAAACAGGAAAGGGGUUUAUCUUUUGUUUUUCACUUAUUUGAAAACUGAURCAUACAAUAACCUCUUUAAUAAAGAAGAUCACUAAAUUCU